AUGCGGCUCCAAGAAAGAUAUGUUGAGUUUGAUGUUGCGGCUUUGAAAGACGUCGUCAGCACACAUACUGGCCGCGGCAAAGUUGUCGACUUAGUGAAACUUUCAGAGGGUGGUUUCAACCGGGUUUUUCUUCUUACACUAGAGGACGGCUUCAAAACGGUAGUCAAGAUUCCAUACAACUUCUUGGUACCAAAAAAGUACGCUACAGCGAGCGAGGUGGCAACCCUUGCAUUUCUUCGACAGAAAGGCAUCCCUGUGCCUGAUGUAUAUGGAUGGUCGUCCACACCCGACAAUGCUGUUGGGGUUGAAUACAUCGUCAUGGAAUUCGUGAUCGACAUGGGGCUGGAUACAAAAUGGUUUGACAUGACAAAGGAGCAACAACGCGAUAUAGCUCUUGGGAUUGUCGGAAUCGAGAAGAAGUUAUUCAGCAUCCCAUUUGGUUCUAUUGGAAGCCUGUACUUCAAAAAGGACAUUCCGCUAGAAGUGCAGGCCAACCUGUAUGCUCCUGGAACUCCGGACCCCGAUGGUGACUCGGAUACUUUCUGCAUUGGACCCAUUGUAGAUUACAUGUUUUGGUAUGGCCGACGUGCCCAGUUAGAGGGUGUGGAUCAUGGCCCCUGGAAUGAGCCGCAUGAGUAUCUUCAAGCGAUUGGCAAGCGUGAACUGGAAUGGACUCAAAAAUUCGGAAAGCCUCUUGUGAAAGAAUACCCUCAUAACGCGCUUCUUCCUGGUGUAGAGUGCCCGAAGGACUAUUCGGAUCUUCUGCAAAAAUAUUUGACAAUAUGUCCGUAUAUUCUUCCCAGAGACCCUCAGGAUCCAAAUAAUAAACCUACUAUUCGCCACCCAGGUACCUUUUUUCUUCCUCUCUUCUCUAAUCCCCUCUCCCCUUUCCGCUUCACUUCUCUUUGGAAGUCACUGGUGCAGGCUAAUGAUAACCCAGAUCUCACACCUAGCAACGUGUUUGUACGUCCUGAAACCUUCGAAAUCACCAAAAUUAUUGAUUGGCAGCACACUGUUAUCACACCGUUGUUACUGGCCGCUGGACAUCCUAAGUUAUUCGAGAAUCCCGACGCGGAGCCACCAGAGACGCUUGAAGCACCUAAACCACCAGAAGGGUAUGACUCCUUGGAUUCUGAAAUAAAGAGCCGGGUUGAUGAGCUACUCCGACGUCAACGUCUUUUCUACUUUUACCGCGUCUUUAAUGGUGCGAAAAACAAGCUGCACUUGUCCGCCUUUUAUGACCCCCUACUUCUUCCCCGUCAGCAUCUUGUUGAAUACGCCGGCCGGCAGUGGAAUGGCAACCUUAUGACCUUGCGGGGAGCCCUUAUUCGGAUACAUGAAUACUGGUCCCUUUUACCAACCAAAAUCGAAAAGUGUCCCAUAGAUUUUCCUGAGGCAGAAUUGAAGAAACACUUCGAAGAGGAGCCAACAUGGUUCGACGCGACAGCCCUUGUCAACUACUGGCGUGACGAGCUCGGUGGUCUGAGUGAGGAAGGCUGGGUACGAACAGAAAUGUAUGACCACGCCGUGAAACAGAACGAGACGCUCAAAUCGAAGUUCUUUAAUGAUGCCGAUCCAAAUGAGAAGGAGAAGAUUAUCCAAGGUUGGCCAUUUCAAGACAGGGAGGAAUUUCAUUAG